AUGUCCGAACCGCUCAAGAUCUUCGUCUCCGCCGCCUUGUCAGGUCUGUUGCUGCUUCAGACCGCCGGGGCUGCCGAGACGCGUGCGCCUGUCGUGGUCGAGCUCUACACCAGUCAAGGCUGCAGUUCCUGCCCGCCGGCUGACGCCUUGCUGGCUGAACUCGCCGAGCGCGACGACGUGAUCGCACUCUCUCUGCACGUCGACUAUUGGGACUACAUCGGCUGGAAGGAUCCCUUCGCGCUCGCGUCGCUGACGCAGCGCCAGCGCGCCUAUGCGCGAUCCUUGGACCGGCGAACCGUCUACACGCCGCAGAUGGUCGUCGACGGCACCUACGACGUCAUUGGAUCGCGGCCGCGAUCCGUCGCCAACGCGCUGACGAUGGCCCGAGGACAGCCGUCUGCCGUCGCCGUCGAUCUGACGGAGGAGGGCGUGCGCAUCGGCGAAGGCGUUGUACCGGCAGAGGGUGCCGCCGUCUGGCUCCUGCUCUACGAUCGCUGGCAUGAGACCGACGUCCGGCGGGGAGAGAACGCCGGACGUUCACUCGGAUACGCGCAUGUGGUGCGCGACUAUCGGCGAUUGGGGGACUGGAGCGGCAGUUCGGCCGAGUUGUCGAUCGAUCUUGCCGCUGCGCGCGCCGCCGGCCGGUCCGGCGCCGCCGUCAUUGUCCAGACGGAAGGACCGAGGCGCGUUCUGGGAGCGGCGGCACUGCGACUCGAAUAG